AUGAUGUCGCACACCAAGGGUCGUCGCAUCUCUGAAGAUUCUGAAGACUUGCUCGAACUUGACGCGUACGACGGUCGCGACUACACUGGUCCAACAGCGCACAGUACAGAUCGCCUGGAGAUGGAGCCCUUCAAGCAAGGAGGCCAGGCCAAUGGCGAGGCGCAAGACUAUUACCAGGGCGGCGGCCAGCAGCCACAAUAUGGCCAGGCACCUGAUCAACAGCAGCAGUAUGGCGGCCAGCAACAGCAGUACAUGCCGAAUCCGCCAUCAUACAGUCAGAACUACGGAAGCGGUGGAAAGCAGGACUUCACUCAGACUUUCAAGAUUGACAAACCAAAGUGGAAUGAUCUUUGGGCUGGCAUCCUGUUCAUCGCUGUCUUUCUAGGAUUUGUUGCUAUCAGUGGACUCACCAUCGCUGGAUACGCCGGCAACAAAGGCUUCAAUGGAGGCGGCAUCUAUGGCUCUUCGAACGACUUCAGCUUGAACACCAAUACGAUUGUGCUUUUCUGCUUCAUUCUGGCCGCGGCAUUGAUCUUGGGCUCCGCGUACGUGUCACUAGCGCGCAUCUUCACAAAGCAGUUCAUCUGGAUCAGCGGCAAUCUCAACAUCGUCCUGAGUCUGGCCACCGCGGCGUACUACUUUUACCGCAGAGCGUGGGUUGGUGGCGCGCUGUUCUUGCUCCUCGGUGUCUUCACGAUCUUCUGCUUCAUCACCUGGAUCAAGCGCAUUCCCUUCAGCGUGCUUAUGUUCCAGACUGCAGUCGACGUAUCGCGGAAGGUCGGACACGUCUACUUGGUCUCUUUCUUGGGUGGUCUGGUAGCAGCUGCGUUCAGCGCAUGGUUCGCCGUGACACUCGUUGCAGUCUACAUUCGCUUCGAGCCUGGCCCGAACCCAAGCUGCAAUGCUGCUGCAGGCGGCUCUGGUGGAUGCAGCUCGGCGACAGUCAUCGGCCUCCUGGUCUACAUUACUUUCGCGGGAUACUGGAUAACUGAAUGGCUCAAGAACACAAUCCACACCACGAUCUCAGGCGUUUACGGAAGCUGGUACUUUUCGCCAAGAGCACCAGCCAAGGCUCCCACUCGAGGUGCUGCGAGGAGAGCGCUCACCUACAGCUUCGGCUCGAUCUGUCUAGGCAGCUUGCUUGUGGCCAUCCUGGACUUGCUACGCUUCGCAUGCUCAGUCGCACGCAACGAUAUGCAGAGUGGCAACUUGGUGGCCGACUGCGCUUUCUGCGUCCUCCAAUGCAUACUUGGACUGGUGCAAUGGGCGCUCGAGUUCGUCAACCGCUACGCAUUCAGCUACAUGUCUCUGUAUGGCAAGGCAUACUUCGCAUCGGCCAAAGACACCUGGAAGAUGAUCAAGGAUCGAGGCAUCGAUGCGCUCAUCAACGAGUGCCUCGUUGGUCCUGUCUUGAGCAUGGGCUGCCUCUUCGUCGCAGUCAGCUGUGCUCUGAUUAGCUACGUCUACUUGGAGGUGACUUCACCGGCAUACAACGAAGGAGGAAAGUUCACAGCUGUCGUGGUCUUCUACGCUUUCGCCAUUGGACUGCAGGUCGCUGGAUGCUUUGUUGUACCGCUCAACAGCGGUAUCGACACAAUCUUUGUGGCAGCUGCUUGGGAUCCGGAAGUUAUGAUGAGGACACAUGCACAGCUACACGACAGGAUGGUCACUAUCUACCCACAUGUGCAACAAGCGAUACAUGCAUGA